AUGGAGUUAAGACUUCAACAACACGAAACAAAGUCCGGUAAAUUCAACGAGCAGCAAACAUCAUCGCCGAGCACCACCACUACAGAAGAUCAAGAGGCGGCCGCAGUUUUAUACAGUGAUGAGUAUUAUGUAAGGUCAUAUACAUGUAACUUUUGCAAGAAAGGGUUCUCUAAUGCACAAGCACUAGGUGGACACAUGAACAUCCAUCGAAGAGACCGGGCCAAGCUUCGUGAUGAAUUAUCGACUGAUGAUUAUUCUCCUACGCACUUGGAUUUAUCUACGAGUAAAACUAGGAGUAGUCGAUUGUAUGUGAAAAAAGAAAGUAGAACAAAAGAUGAUAUUUGGGUUGGGAAUGGGAACAAACACGAGGCCCUUGCUUUAUUUGUUGAUAGUUCGUCGUCGUCGAGAAAGGCCGGAAGUAGUAGCUCAAGAGUAGUAACUGUAAGCAAGGAUGAUUCUGGUUUAGACCUUGAACUUCGACUAGGGCGUGCUAAAUCUCAUUACUAACUUAAUUGUAUUAGAUGUAGGGAUGACAUGAUCAAAGAGGUUAGUAAUGUUAUCAUAUUAUUGUAAUUAUUAAGUUUCUAUGUAUGUAUAUAUGUAUUGAUUUGUAACAUUUUGUUAUUUUUUUUUUA